AUGGAAAUGGUUAAAGCUAGCAUCGACGUUGAGUGGGUUCAUUGUAUCAAUCACUAUCUUCCCCGAGAAGGUGACGCCGUCUUUGUGAAGUUCUUCCAGCACGGGUUCAAGUCGUGGGAAAUAGACGGCCAUGACAACAAUGUCUCCGAAUUGGGCAGCGUCCCCAACGGCGAGAUUUAA